AUGGCGCCAACCGUUGAGAUUGCCAUUCCAUCUACUAGUCUCUCGCAUACAUCUCCUCCGCACACAAUCUACCAUAUCACGAUUCGCCUCCCACUCCGUUCCUUUACCGUUUCGAAGCGCUACUCGGACUUUGCUGCUUUCAACAGCAAUCUGAUCAGCCAGACCGAUACGCAACCUCCUGUACCUCUCCCGUCGAAAUCCUGGAUUUCCAACACCGUCACCAACGAGCGUUUCCGUGAAGAGCGCCGUCGCGGCCUCGAGGAAUACCUCCGUGCGAUCAACGAGGCCCCUGAUGGACGCUGGCGCACCUCGUCUGCCUGGCGAGCUUUCCUAAACCUUCCUACUGCUGCAGCAACAUCUUCGAAUGGAAGCUCAACUACCUCCUUUCGACUGCAUGCAGCCAUUACAGACCCCGGCUCAGCAGCCAACGGCUCAAUUACCGACCCGACCCUCUGGCUUGACUACUACCGCGACAUGAAAUCCCACCUCCACGAUGCACGACUGCAGCUGUCCCGCCGAGAUCAGGAGACCACACCACAGAAACAGCACGAGAGCUCCGCGCAAGCAAAGAGCAGUCUCGUCCGCGCCGGAUCCAUGAUCACCACCCUGGAAGAAGGCUUAAAGAGCCUGGGUGGCCGGGAAGCCCAGGAAUCAUCCAGAUCAUCCAGCUUGGGUGACGGCGAGCUGCGCCGCCGCAAGGACUUGCUUAUCAACGCGCGUAAGGAAAGGGAUGGACUGGAAGACUUGUUAAAUGCCAUGGCCGCAAAGAGCCGGCUCGAUCGCGCCGUGGCCUCAAUCCAGGAUAAGGAGGCGCUACUGAGGGCGGGGAAUGCGGAAGCAGCGAACGGUGGGCGCCGGACCCCCGUACGAUCUGGAAGAGUUCUUGGCAAGGAGACGGAGCGCACACGCGAGCUGGACAACGAGGGCGUGCUACAGUUGCAACAACAGACGAUGAAGGAGCAGGACCAGAGUGUUGAGGAGUUGAUGAAAAUUAUUAUUCGGCAGAGGGAGCUGGGAACUGCUAUUCAUGAGGAAUUGGAGGUGCAGAAUGAGCUGUUGAAGCUGACGGAUGAGGAUACCGAUCGGUUCGUUCUAGUCUUGAUCCUUUUAGUCGUGGACUAUCUCUUACUGACUGCGGGCUACAGAUUGAGAGCCAAGCUAGACGUUGGAAAGAAGCGGAUUGGCAAGAUCUCAUAA